AUGUCGCUUGAUUCCAAAUUAAACAGCAAAGGAGAAUUACAAGUACUGUCUGCAAAUCUCGUCCCUCUCACUGUCAUCAAAGGCGCCGGCCACGAGUUCAUUCCACUCCCGCAGGGCGAGAACGCAACUACGGCUGAUUUCCACUCUAUUCGCACGCAGACCGAGUCUCCUGCUUACUUCACCUCGGGCUUCUACAAGAUUGAGGCUGGACCCCAAAGACCCGCUCACUACACCUUUGAGGAGACCAAGUAUGUUCUUAGUGGUCAGAUCGAUAUUUUAGAUGAGGCCACUGGGAUCAUCCAUCAUCUAGUCUCAGGAGAUUUUGCUUUCUUUCAUGUUGGAUCUAAGGUCAAGUUCUCGACUAAGUCUGCUGGUCUUGCCUUCUACGCUGUUACUCGUCCCAUCAGAGCUCCCCAUCCCAACCUUGUCAACCGAGAGGAAGGCAAGGCCCGUCUAUAA